AUGCCGAAACCGUGCACAGGCCUGCGGGUGGCCGCGUUUAUGGCUGCUGCUGCCUUGCUGGCGCUCCUCAUCGCCCCUCUGCUAACCGCAGCGGGGCACCGUUGCAUCUUCGACGAGCUGCAGCGCUCGCAGCUCGCGGCUGGCGCCAGUGCCGUCGUCGAGACGGAGGACCGUGGGGCGCCGCGGCGGCAGGGUGCGGAGCUGCACGAGGACAUCGCCACCUCCGUAUCGUGGGAACCGAUCCGCAUCACGGUGUUCACCGAGGACCUCGACAACGACUCCCGCUACUGCACACAGACCGGGAGCUUGAGACCCGACUUUAUGGGUUCCACGUGCGUGUGCGAGGCCGAUGACAUUCUUACGGACGAGAAAAAGUGUCUGCUGCGUGACGUGGUGAUUCACGACGCGGUGCAGAUGCACAGGGACCGUUUGCUGGUGCAACGGCAUGACGGCAACAUCCGUGUUGAUCGCUUUACACGCGGCAUCUGCUCUCACUUCACGGUCCCGGAGUCCUCUUGGUUUCAGGUUAUAGUUAUCAAUUGUUCUUCCUAUCUGUCGAAUAUUUUUUUUUCACGUUUUGGUGGUACCCUUAUUAUUUGUGUAUUUCUUUUUUAUGAUUUACUUUGUCCUUUUUAG